AUGAAGGCAAAUUUUACACAUUUCUCAGAAUUUGUUUUACUUGGAUUCAGAGGAGGCCCAGGAGUGCAGAAAAUGCUAUUUCUGAUUUUUUUGAUCCUAUAUUUGAUAGCUAUGGUGGGGAACUUUGGCAUGAUUAUGAUUAUCAGGGUGGAUUCUCACCUCCAUACACCGAUGUAUAACUUCCUCCAAAGCCUUUCUUUGUUGGACAUCUGCUAUUCCUCCACAAUUGCACCCAGGGCUCUGAUUAACUGCUUGAAAGAGGACCACACAGUUUCUUUUGGUGGGUGUGCUGCCCAGUUCUUCUUCCUGUCUUUUUUCGGUACCACAGAGGCUUUUCUUCUGGCUGCCAUGGCCUAUGACCGCUUCAUUGCCAUCUGUAACCCCCUUCUGUACUCUGUGAACAUGUCUCACUGGGUCUGUGUGCUGUUAGUGUCAGGGUCCUACCUGUGGGGUGUAGUGAAUGCCAUCACUCAAACAACAAUGACUUUCACAUUGCACUUCUGUGGAGCCAAUGACAUCAAUGACUUUUUCUGUGAUGUACUCCCGCUCUUGUCCUUCUCAUGUGCGGAUACCUUUAUAAACCAGCUUGUCCUUCUUGGUUUAUGUGGCUCCAUUAUUGUCAGUACCUUCUUCAUCAUUUUGGUCUCAUACAUCUACAUCAUCUCUACAAUCCUGAGGAUCCAGACAGUGCAGGGAUGCCAGAAAGCCUUCUCCACAUGUGCCUCCCACCUAACCGGAGUGUGCUUGUUUUUUGGUACUGUUUUCUUCAUGUAUGCACAACCCAGUGCCAUUGUCUCCAUGGAGCAGAAUAAAGUAGUGUCCAUCUUUUACACCCUUGUCAUCCCGGUGUUGAAUCCCCUGAUAUACAGCCUGAGAAACAAAGAUGUCCAGCAAGCUCUGAGGAGGAGGAAGCAGAAGCUUCCUUGUGGUUAUUGUGGCCGUGGAUCUCAUAAAUAA